AUGAUUCCGCUGGGCGGGCCAGCCCCGAUCAGCGUCGGCCCGCCUACGCCGGAGAUGCUGGAGAAGAUGCGGCGGAUCCGAUUCUGCGUGAUCGGCACCUUCGUGGCUGCCAUAGGGCGUUUCUGCACUGGCGAUAUACCCAUCAAUGAGCUUUUGUCAGGGAUAGUCGGGAUCUUCCUGCUGAGCGACGACCCGAAUGUGGCGCCUUGCUACGCCUGCUUGGCACACAGUCCGCUUGGUCAAUGCACGGUGGGAGGGCACGGCUUGAGCUGCGUGAUGGCGUACUCUUUCCUGGCUGGACUCAAUGCCAUCUUCCUGACACUGAAGCUCUUCGUGGGAGGACCCUUUGUCCUGGUUUCCUUCGCUUGUCAGGGUGCUGGGGCCUACCAAGGUCUCAAGCUGCACAACCAGAUAAAUGCGACUCUGGCUGACGGACCCAUGGCACCUCUCCAGCGGAACUUCCCUGGUCCCGGUGCCCCCGGUGAGACUCCUGGCCCUCAGCCACCCAGCUUCCAGGCUUUCCAAGGCACAGGCAUGCGUUUGGGCGGCUAA